AUGGCGACAAUCGAAAAAGUUAAGGAGAUUGCGGAGAAAGUCGAUGCGAUUUCUCAAAAUGGUUUGGAAUCGGUAGGGUUUUUGGAAGAAGAGAGAAAAAAAAUGAAUAAUUGGUUUUUUGCAGAGAGAAGAUUGCAUGAACUUGCUGGAGAGUUUGUCGAAACUUCCGAUCACUGUGGACAUCAUCACUGUAAGUUUUUGAAUACAAAAAUGUUUCCCAUUGUGAAUUUCUUUCAGAAAACUCAAAUCGGCGUCAAAAUCAAUAAUCUCCGCAAAAAAGUCAGUGACGAAACAGUCGCAAAACGCGCCAAGAAUCUGAUCAAAGAAUGGAAAUCGUUGGUUUCCCCAUCCAUCGAACCAUCAUCAUCAUCUUCAGCUUCAAAACGCGAAAAGCCGCAAGAUGAAGAGGCGCCAGCCUCAAAAAAAUCGCGUAAAGAAAGUGUGGAUGAGAAGAAGCCGGAACCGGUCAAAAAACAACAAUCAACCGAUUCGGCGAAAAAUGUUUCGGUGGUUGCCGAUUUCGAAAGCGCAACUUUCCCGCCAAGACAUUUGCAAGAUGACGAGAUUCGCCUGAAAUCCGCGCAACUUCUUUUAUCUGCGCUGAGAAAUGGCGAAUUGCCACAGGGAACUUUGGAUCCGGAAGAUUUGGCGGUGAAUAUUGAAGAGAAAUUGUACACGGUAAGGAUUUUGACGGAAUUAAUUCUGAAAUCUGAAUUUAAAUCCCGAUAUUUUCCAGUUCCACCGUGACACAAAUCAAAAAUACUCGGCGGCUGUGCGUAGUCGUGUCUUCAAUCUUCGCGACAAGAAAAAUGGAGCGCUUCGUGAAAAUGUUUUGACUGGGGUUGUGAAGGCGGAAAAGUUUGCGAUGAUGACGAGCGAAGAGAUGGCGAGUCCCGAAAUUCGUGAUAUGAGGGAUAAAUUCACGAAGGAGAGUAUUUUGGAGCAUCAAAUGAGUGUGCAAACUGGUGAGUGGUUUUGAGAGGGGAAUUUGGAACUUGUGGGUCAAAUAGUCAAGCCUAGAAAGCAUAGUUUUCAAGUAGCUGAGCCUAGAGAGCCACUGUGUCAAGGAGCGGCUCCUUGAGAGCCACUGUGACAAGGACUCGCACCUUGAGAGCCUCUCUGGCUCGGAACAGCGCCUUGAGAACUUCUUUGUCAAGUAGCUGAGCCUUGAGAGACACUGUGUCUAGCACCCGAGUCUUGAGAUCCACUGUGACAAGGAGUUGCGCCUUGAGAGCCUUUGUGUCAAGGAUUUGUUCCUUGAGAGCCUCUCUGGCUAGGCACAUCGCCUUGAAAACUUCUUUGUCAAGUAGCUGAGCCUUGAGAGUCACUGUGACAAGGAGUCACACCUAGAUAAUUAUCGUGGCAAGGAGUUUCGCCUUGAGAGCCUCUCUGGCAAGUAGUCGCCCCUUGAAAGCCACUGUGUCAAGGAGCGGCGCCUAGAUAAUCACCGUAACAAGGAGUGGCCCCUUGAGGGCUACUACGGCUAGGAGUCGCUCCUUGAGAUACCCUCUGUCAAGGAGCGGCCUCUUGAGAGCCUCUACGGCUAGGAAUGGUGCCUUGAGAGCCACUGUGUCAAGGAGUCACCCCUUGAUAUACCCUUUGGCUAGGAGUCGUCCCUUGAGAGCCACUGUUUCAAGGAGUCGCGCCUAUAAAUCUUACUUCUCAAGUAGCUGUGCCUUAUGAACACUUGAAUUCGAAAAAAGUUCAAAAUUUAAAUUUGUUGGUUUAAAUUUUUGAAAAUUCCAAUAUCCAGUUAAAAUUCAGCUUUAUUUUCCCCCAAAACCUCAAAUUUCUCUCCUUGAUUUUUUCUCCAAAAUUAAAAAAAUUCUUCAUGAAAAUUUAUGGGAUUUAAUUAAAAUUGGCCGAAAAUUCAUGGGUUUCCUAUUCAAAAUUGAAUAAAAUAAAAUAAAAUUUAUGGGAAUUUUUGAUUGAAAAAACAAAUUCAUUUCUCUUCAGGAACUCCAUCAGACAUGUUCAAAUGCGGAAAAUGUGGCAAAAAGAACUGCACCUACACCCAACUUCAAACUCGUUCCUCCGACGAACCAAUGACAACUUUCGUGUUUUGUUUGGAGUGCGGAAAUCGCUGGAAGUUUUGCUAA